UUUGCCUCGUGCUGGUCGCUGGCCGUGGCGCCUUUUUGGCUGGGAACACAGCUCCGGCGCGCGGGGUGGGCCGGGCCGGGCCGGGCCAGGCCAGUCGCUGUUAGUGCGGUGUGCGAGGGGGCUACAGCAAUAAUACUGGGCCCGUGUGGAGUGGCUCUCGUCCUCGGAUCGUGUGGGACCUACACCGUAAUGCUACUGGGAGCAGCCGGGGCCCUGUGCUAGGUGCUGUACAAGUUGAGUGGCUGACGCCUAAGUUCCAGAGUGAUGGACAAACCAGGAUAAAUUAGGCAGCAGAACACUUAACUUGCUUGUGGGGCCUGAUCUGCAAUCAUGGUGAAUUUUGUCCAAGCUGUGCGUGAAUACUGGGUCCAUAUUUUGUGUCCCAUGGGAUUUGUUAUUGGAUGCUAUCUGGACAGAAGGAAUGAUGAAAAACUAUCAACUUUCAGAAACAAGAGCAUGUUAUUUAAAAGGGAAUUGAAACCUGGUGAAGAAGUAACCUGGAGAUAAAAGCUGUCUGUGAAAUGGGAAAUGCUUCCAUGUAAUUAAAUUAGCGUGUAUAACAAGUGGA